AUGUCCGAUAAACCCAUUCUCGUGCUCGGUGCGGCUGGUCCAAGUGGACUUGUCGUCAUGAGGCACGCUCUAGAAAGAGGGUAUUCAGUGACGGCGUAUGCCCGCAAUGCAACAGAAUUGAGGAAGCGUUUGGGAGAUGCCCUGGAUGAGGCAAGAAUCACUCUUAUCGAGUGCCCGAUCACUUCGCUCCCCGAAAAACUGUGUCCGCUUCUCCCCAGUUUCGGCAGCAUCAUCUCAUUGCUGGGACCAAACAGCUUCAACCACAAAGGCACCGACGUCGCGGGCCUGUACCGGGUGAUUUUGGAGGAGUUGCACAGCCUGCCCGCCGACAAACGGCCCUACCUCCUCAUCGCCUCGACGCAAUCGAUCGUAGAUCUCAAAGACGGCUUUGAUUUCUUUACGAAGCUUCACAUUCUCUUCAUCAUGAGCAUUGCUGCCGGUGCACGAAGGGAGACAUUAGCUAUCAAAGAGGUGUUCCUAAAUGACCUCAAAUCCAACAGCGUCGGCGUCGAUUGGACGGUCUGUCGGCUGAACUUGAUCAAGGAUGCCGUGGGACCGGUCGAGGGUGCAAGGGCGGGAUAUGUCGCAAAGGAUGGCUGGCGGACCACGAUCGAUCGCGAUCAGCUAGCGUAUUGGCUAUUGAAUGAAGCCGUGAAGCCGCCCAAGGAGAGAAAAUGGGCGAGAGAAAUGCCAGCACUUUGGGGUGAUACCACGGCGCCUUCUCCAAAGUCCUAG